AUGGAAGGGGCCGAACCUCGUGCCGUAAGCGACUCCUCUCCUUUACGAUCCAACCUUCGUCCUGAUUUUCCCUGCCUUUCCCACCAAGGGGGUAGACAAUUCGAUGGCAAUGCGAAGCGAGAGCCAUGGCCCAAGAAGCAGGGUGAUAAGCCGCCACCGGUGCGGACCAACGCGCGCUCCGCGACCAUCCUCCCCAGCUUUGUCGGCCUCCGAUUCGAGGUGCACAACGGCAAGAUAUACAACCGCAUCAACAUUACCGAAGACAUGGUUGGGCACAAGCUGGGCGAGUUCUCCCCGACAAGAAAGGGUGUCCAGAAGGAUAAGUGGAAGAACAAAUGA